GCCUGCGAGGGGCCGAGGGAGGGCCGGGCUCGGUGCCCGAGGCGGGGUGCCCGCCGGCCCUGGCACACCACGGGGAGAGGACCCCCGGCGGGGCAGCGCCGCUCCCGCCGCGGAAGCAACGGCAGAACCCAAAAUGGCCGCAGCGGGGCGGCGGGGAGCGCCGGGGCCGAGCCGGGGCGGGGCAAGGUCCCGGCGGAGGGCGGGUAACCGCCGCCCGCCCCUCGCCUGGCCCCUGUGCUGCCUCAGGCGGCUCCCGCCGGCGGCGGCCCCUCGCGGCGAGAGCGGCGGCGGCAGCGGACCACAAUGAACGUGGAACAUGAAAUUAGCCUCUUAGUUGAGGAGAUUCGGCGCUUGGGAACCAAAAAUGCUGAUGGCCAAGUGAGCGUGAAAUUUGGUGUGCUCUUUGCUGACGAAAAGUGUGCCAACCUCUUUGAAGCCCUAGUGGGAACUCUUAAGGCUGCAAAACGACGGAAAAUUGUCACUUAUCAAGGGGAGCUACUUUUACAAGGUGUUCAUGACAACGUUGAUAUCAUGCUGCUGCAGGACUGAUGGCAGUGUUUCAGCUAUGCAUUAAUAGAAUUGUUUGAGACAGUGACUUGCAACAUCCUCUGAAUAAGGCUGAUCAUUCUAAGGUGUCUUGGUGUAUUUUCUAUAUCUUUAUAGUCAAAAGGAAACUGUCCUAUUUUGGAAAACAUUCCCUUUUGUAAUUCUUCAUGAAAUGGUACUGUAUGUGAGUAAGGUGAAAGAUGCCAGAUCUUUUUUUUUUUUUUUUUAAAAAAAUCUCAGGUAAUGCUCUCAAAUGCCUGGUGGUUAUUUUCAACAUAUGAAGAAGGGGACCGGUAAUUUAACGUUUACAAAUCAAAGUGUGCCAUGAAAGUAUAAAAUAAAAGCACAUACUCAAAUUUAUAU